AUGCGGCGGGCGGCGGUGGGCGGCGGGGCUCGGGCAGGGGCGCCGCCGGGGGGCGCUCUGGGCCCCGACCCCGGGCGGGGCGGGCAGGGCGGGCGGGGGGCGGGCUCGGCGGGCCCGCGGCCCCUUCCUGCGCAGUCGGCGGCCCGAGCUCCCGGCCAGGGCCAGGGUGGCAUUGCGGCCCCGCAGGCCCCCAGCCCGGCUCUCGACUUGGCCCCGGACACCUUCGUCAUGCGGGUGCUGCUGGAGGACACCGGGGAGACCUUCCAAGUGGCGAACUGCCGCGGCGACAUGACGGUGCGGGAGCUCAAGGAGGAGCUGGACCUCCUGGUCGGCAUCCCCCUGGACCUGCAGCGGCUCCAGUACCUGGACCAAGGAGUUUUGAUGGAUGAUGCUACGCUGAAGUUCCAUGAUGUUGUUCCUGGUGGAAUUAUUUCAUUAUGUAUCUGGCAUUAUGAUGGAUGGACGGAACUGGUUUUGGCGGCUGUGGAAGGGGAUCCCAGUAAGCUGUCUUGCCUUGGUGUUGACGAGGACUCUCUGUACCGAACUGCCAACUCGCAGCGUUACGAGCGCAAGCAGUGCAAGGACUGGAUGGCCCAGAGGGCCUUCGUGGCCCUGUACGUUACGUCUCACAGAGGUCACCCGGAUGCUGUGCAGUACCUUCUAGAACAUGGAGCCAACUGUCUCAGCAAAACCCCCAUGGGCAGGACGGCCCUGCACGUGGCUGCAGCCAUGGGCCGUUUGGACUGUAUAAACCACCUGCUCAGUUACGGAGCCUCCAUACAUGAAAAGGAUGCCCGGGGGGAGACCCCCAUGUCCAUCGCCCGGCGCAUGAACCGCAAGCACAGUGAGCGGCGCAUGUUCCUCUUCUACUGGAUGUCAAGGUUGGGGACAAAUGACCCAAAGAACUUGAUCAAGAACAAGGUUUUUCUCAGGGCACAGUCUGGGAGAGGCACCGGCGGACACGUGUGGCUGGUGGCUGUCAGCAAGCGGGUGGACCCUGGAGGAAACUCCCAGGGGGAGGACUUCGGGUGGCUGGGAGAGGCGGGCCAGCACCGAGCUGAGGGGCCCGAUGGAGUCCAGGACGAGGGCAUCUCCCGCUCAGCGCAGUGCCGUGUGACACCCCGACAAGGAGCAGACGCGCCCGCAGCGUCUGGGUCGGUUUCCUGCCGCCGCUGUAGUGGCCACAAGUGA